ACUCGGUCGCUGUUUGAAAAUUCGUGUGUAAGGACAGUUACCGGAGAAAACACGUUACCCUGCAUUAAAUUAAUCCGAACUGAUGUGCAGCUUUUUACGCUUUUUUGGACUAAGAAGACAGUGAUGGCUCUGCAUCCAGCCAAGGAGGAGGCGAUUCUUGCUUGGAUGAACGGCCUGCAGCUGGACCAACCGGUGCAGCGAAUCACAGACCUGCAGGAUGGAAAUCUGCUGCUCAAACUCGUCUAUAAACUGAAAGGGGAGGAGCCCAGCCAGGCUCCUAUGCACCUGCCUCAAGCAGAAAGGCUGUCGAUCAUCUCUGACUUCCUCCACAGUGGGUGUCAUGUGGAAGAGUGUGUGCUCCUCACACUGGCCAAGGGAAGGAUGCUGGAGUUGGAACUCACCAAGGUUGUGCUGCUCCUGUGCUACUACGGACUCGUUAACAACAAUCUGGUGCCCAAAGUGGAGUUUGAAACGGAGCUUCAGAUGGCGACCAUGUUGCGUUAUGUUCAGGAGGGAGUGAGCGGUCUGUCUCUGCGUGAAGGUCUGGACAAGCUCCUCACCACAGGCUCUCUGAUCUACAGCUCGUCUGUGAGCAGUAUGUCCUCUCACAGUGACGACGGCUCGCCCGUUUUCUCCCGGUCACACAGCUCUCCACUCGUCCGCUUUCUGGAGCUCAACACCGUGGCCUCCAGCUCGUUUGUCAGCUCUCCAAUACAGGAGCUGAUGAGCACACCUCAGGUGCAGGUGAAGCGUCUGCGUAAGGAGCUGGCACGUGAGGGAGACGUGCGUGACGAACUAGAACGAGAGCUGACUGAACGCAUCACCCUCCUCUCAGAGCAAGAGGGACAGAUCAGUCAGCUUCAGUACAGACUGCAGCGCUUGCAGAGGGAUCAGGAGGAGAUGGAGAAGGAGCACAAAGCUACACUGACUGAGCUGCAGGAGAAGAACAACGGACUCCUCACACGGGUACACGAGGUCUUAAAGCAGUGUCGAGACCUUAAAACGGACAACGGUCAGAAAGAGAGACGGAUUGACGAUCUGAUGGAGGAGAAUGGCACACUCGCCGCACAGGUGAGAAACGCAUUGGGGCAGCUUGCGAGGGCUGAGGAGGAAGUCGCUAAAAUAUCAGAAGCUCACGAUUCGUCCCAGAUGGAGUGGGGGAACAGGAGGGACUUGCUGCAGAGAGAGCUAAGCCAGGCUCUCACCGACAAGGAAUGUCUUACUGAGCAAAUUCAGAUCUUACAAGGAAAGAUCUCCGUUUUGGAGGACGAGCUCGCCAAGCUCUCGCAGCAACCCGAAGAGAGAGGUGAAGUCCUGGGGCCGAUCGUAGAGUGGGAGAAACUGAAGCAGGAACUUGCAGACUUGUCUCUAAAAAGUUCCCAACUGGAAGAAACCAUUUCCCUCCUUGAGAAGGAGAAAAUGGCCAUCGAAACACUAUUAGCAGAAGAGAGAAGCUCCUUUGAAAAGGAAACCCUGCGCUUGGAGGGACGUAUUUUGGAUCUUCAGCAGUCGAUAAACAAUAUACAAGCUGAGAAGGAAGCUCAGGAACAAGCCUCAAAGACCAAACAGGAAACUCUUACCUGCCAGAUAGCAGCUUUGGAAACCGAUCUGGUUCGUCUUCAACAGCUGGAAGUCCAGCUGACGGUAGAGAUCGCUGCAUCCGCUGAACUUCGGCAGCAACGUGGGGCGUUGGAGGCAAAGGUCGCCUCCUUGGAGGACAUGGUUAAUAUGCUACAAUCCAAGUGUGAAAAUAUGGAGGCAGAAAAUAUAACACAGCAGGAAGUUCUUGAUGUUGUAAGGGCUGACCUUCAAAAUGCCCAAAUUUCCCUUGUGGAAUAUGAAAAAAAGCUGGCAGACCAUCAAAAAGUGGUAGAGGAGAAUGCCUCUCUCCGAGCCAGAAUCUCUGCACUGGAUGACACCAUCGCGAAUCUUCAGACUGAGAUUGAUGGUGAGAGAAAAAGAGGUGAUGAGCUUCUUACGGCGAAAGAGCAGCAGAAAGCUUUGAUGGAGGAAAAGUUUCAAAAACAGGAGCACAAAGCUCAUGAGAUGUUCACCGAACUAGAGACUCUGAGCCAAGAGCUUCGCAAAAUGAAGCAUCAGAAACUUGAUUCUGAAUCGUGUAUAGAGAAGUUAAUCCAAGAAGGAAUUGACCUUAAAGCAAGUCUAGCAGAGGAGCGCGAUCGAGGCCAGUCACAACUGGCUCUAGUAAACAAGACCAGAGAGGCGAGGGAGAUGGAGCUGCAGCAAGUUAUUACAGACAACCAGAGCAAAAUAUCAGAGUUGCAGAGUAAGAUUGAGGGAACUGUCGAGUCGAUGAAGCAAAGCGAAUCUGAACUGUCUGUGCUGAAAGAAAAAAUAACUUCUAAAGAUGGAGAACUCUUCAUACAACAGCAGGAACUGGCCCACCUUCAAAAUAAGGCAGACAAUCUGCAAAGCCAGCUCUUGGAGGUAGAAGGGCUUUCACAACAACUGAGUCAGGAGGUGGUAUCCAAAGACGGGGAAGUUCAACACUUGAAGGCGGCGCUUGAACAGAAGGAAGGAGAGAUCCAUUCCCUUAAGGUCAGCCUUCAGUCUCUUGAAGCGAGGUCCACUGAAAUGCGAGAUCUUCACCAGAAGGAAGUUGAAGAGCAGAGGCUUGCUAUCGCGGAACUGAAGUUACAACUUGCCGAAGCUGCGAAACUUAUCUCUGAGAAAGUUAGAACUCUGGAAGAUCUUGCCCAGCAGUUAAAGAACUUAAAGGAAGAGCUGUCCAUCGAAAGGCAGAGAGUUGCUACCUUGGAAAAUAGUUUCAAGACUUCAAAAGAGGCCCAUGAAGUCCAGGAACAGUCUUUGAGACUGGAGGUUACACAACUGCAGCAGGAGAUUGAUGGCCAUUUGAAGAAGUUGGAGGAGUCAUUAAAUGAGAUGAAUUCCCUCAAAGAAGAAAUGUCUCGCCAGCAGGAUGCUGCACUCCAGAAAGAACAAAAGGUUUCUGUUUUGGCAUCGCAAAAGAAAUCUCUGGAGGAAAACUUCUCUCAACUUCAGAAUAAACUAGCAGAGGCCACUACACUAGCUACAGAAAGACAAACUGAGUUACUUAGGCUUCAAGAGGAGGUCCAGCAUCAAGAGAAUCUCAGAGCAAAAGCUCAGGAAAUCGAGGAGACUCAACGUAAAGAGCUUCAAACAGAGGUAGCUGAACUUCAAGUUAGAGUUCAGGAGCUUACUGUUUUUGCUUCUGAAAGAGAAAUACAGUUUGAUUCUCUUCAGGAAAAGAUGAAGGAACAGGAAGACUACAGCCAGAAACUCCUUCAGAAAUCUGAAGAAGCUCUUCAGACAGAACUUGAGAACAUCGUCGACUUGAAGGGGCAACUUGAGUCUGCCAAACAUCAGACUGCAGUUAAAAACAAGCUUUUGGAGUCAGUGGAAGAAAAGCUGAGACAAAUGGAGCUCAUGUACCAACAGAAAGAGACCCUUGCUAGUGAAGCUUGUCAGGCCAAGGAAACUUUAGAGAGAAGAGUGAAUGAGCUUUACUGUAAGCAGAAGCAAGAUUUGGAUAGGUACCAACAAGAUUUAGAGACCUUAAAAAAGGAAAAGGAACACCUUUCUUUGGUGAACGAGUCUCUCCAGAGUGAACACCAGACCUUGCAGGUGCAGAGCAAGGAGCAACAGCAGACACUAAAUGCAUUAAAGGUGGACUUACAGAAUGCCCAAGAUGGGUACCAGCAAGAGUUAGGAACCUUGAAGAAGGAGAAGGACCAUCUUGCCUCACUGAGUCAGUCCCUCGAGAAUGAGUGUCAGAACUUGCAGGCAGAGAAUAAGGUGCAGCUGGAGGAGUUAAAUGUCCUGAAGGCUGAUCUUCAGAACACACAAAAUGGUUAUCAGCAAGAGAUAGAAACAUUAAAGAAUGAGAAGGAACAUCUCUCUUCAGCGAACCAGUCCCUCCAGCAAGAGUUACAAACCUUGCAUGCAGAGAAAACUGGGCAACAAGAGGAACUGAAUGCCCUCAAGGCUGACCUGCAAGAAAACAAAGUUAAAUUCGAGAAAGAUCUGGAGAGCUUAAAGAAUGAGAAGGAUCAGCUCUCUUCAGUAAACCAGUCCCUCCAGACUGAGUGCCAAGUCUUGCAGUUAGAGAACAAUGAACAACUGGAGACACUAAAUGCUGUCAAGGCAGACCUACAAGAAAGCAAAGAUGAACACGAAAAACAUCUGGAAACCUUGAAGAAUGAGCAGCAACAGCUUGCCUCACUGAACCAGUCUCUCCAGAGUGAGUGCCAGAACCUUCAGGCAGAGAAAACCGUGCAACAGGAGGAGUUGAAUGCCCUUAAGGCUGACCUGCAAGAAAGAAAAGCUAAAUACCAAAAAGAUCUAGAGAUUUCAAAGUGUGAAAAGGAGCACCUCUCUUCCGUGAACCAGUCCCUUCAGACUGAGUGCCAGACCUUACAAGCAGAGAACAGGAGACAACAGGAGAUGCUGAAUGCUCUCAAGGCAGACCUACAAAAUGCCCAAGAUGGGUACCGACAAGAAUUAGAAACUUUGAAGAACGAACAGGAAAAUCUCUGCUCUGUGAACCAGUCCCUCCGGAGUGAGUGCCAGAACCUGCAGGCAGAGAAAACCGUGCAACAGGAGGAGUUGAAUGCCCUUAAGGCUGACCUGCAAGAAAGCAAAGAUGAACACGAAAAACAUCUGGAAACCUUGAAGAAUGAGCAGGAACAGCUUGCCUCACUGAACCAGUCUCUCCAGAGUGAGUGCCAGAACCUGCAGGCAGAGAAAACCGUGCAACAGGAGGAGUUGAAUGCCCUUAAGGCUGACCUGCAAGAAAGCAAAGAUAAACACGAAAAAGAUCUGGAAACCUUGAAGAAUGAGAAGGAACAGCUUGCCUCACUGAACCAGUCUCUCCAGAGUGAGUGCCAGAACCUGCAGGCAGAGAAAACCGUGCAACAGGAGGAGUUGAAUGCCCUUAAGGCUGACCUGCAAGAAAGCAAAGAUAAACACGAAAAAGAUCUGGAAACCUUGAAGAAUGAGAAGGAACAGCUUGCCUCACUGAACCAGUCUCUCCAGAGUGAGUGCCAGAACCUGCAGGCAGAGAAAACCGUGCAACAGGAGGAGUUGAAUGCCCUUAAGGCUGACCUGCAAGAAAGCAAAGAUAAACACGAAAAAGAUCUGGAAACCUUGAAGAAUGAGCAGGAACAGCUUGCCUCACUGAACCAGUCUCUCCAGAGUGAGUGCCAGAACCUGCAGGCAGAGAAAACCGUGCAACAGGAGGAGUUGAAUGCCCUUAAGGCUGACCUGCAAGAAAGAAAAGCUAAAUACCAAAAAGAUCUAGAGAUUUCAAAGUGUGAAAAGGAGCACCUCUCUUCUCUGAACCAGUCCCUUCAGACUGAGUGCCAGACCUUACAAGCAGAGAACAGGAGACAACAGGAGAUGCUGAAUGCUCUCAAGGCAGACCUACAAAAUGCCAAAGAUGGGUACCGACAAGAAUUAGAAACUUUGAAGAACGAACAGGAACAUCUCCAUUCUGCGAACCAGUCCCUUCGGAGUGAGUGCCAGAACCUGCAGGCAGAGAAAACCGUGCAACAGGGGGAGUUGAAUGCCCUCAAGGCUGACCUGCAAGAAAGCAAAGAUAAACACAAAAAAGAUCUGGAAACCUUGAAGAAUGAGAAGGAACAGCUUGCUUCAGUGAACCAGUCCCUGCAGGCAGAGAAAACUGGGCAACAGGAGGAGUUGAAUGCUCUCAAGGCUGAUCUGCAAGAAAACAAAGAUGCAUACCACAAAGAUCUGGAAACCUUGAAGAAUGAGAAGGAUCAUCUUGCCUCAGUGAACCAGUCCCUUCUUAAAGACCUUGAGGAAGCCCAGAAGGUGGGAGCAGAACUGGUCUCUGUCAGAGAAGUCACCCAACAGCGAGAAAAUGAGCUUGAAACCCACGUUAAGGAACUACAGGUGAAGAUGAAAGAAUUCUCAACACUGGUUGAUGAAAGAGAGGCUGAAAUAAGAAAUCUUCACCUAGAAGUAAAGCAGCAAGAAGCUUCCAGGCUCAGCGCUCUUGAUCAGUUUAAGGAGUCUGAGAAGCAGAAGCAGGAUGCCUGUCAGGCUAACGAAGUCUUGGAGAAAGCCAUUUCUGAGCUGCACCUCAAGCGAAAACAAGAGCUUGAGAAGUACCAGCAGCAACUGGAUGCCUUGGCAAAGGAGAAAGACAUCCUUACCACUGUAAACCAUUCCCUCCAGGCUGAGAGAAAGGCACAACAGGAGGCUCUGAUUGACCUCCAGAGUGGCUUGCAGCAGGAAGUGAAGACCCUGAAAAAAGAAAAGGAGCAUCUGUCUUCAAUUAACCAGUCACUUCAGAGGGAGUGUGAUGCCUCCCAGAGACUCGGAGCAGAUUUGGAGGCGAAGCUGAAGGGACAGACUGAAUCAAUCCGGGCUACGAAAGAGGCUCUCCAAAAGAAAGAGAAGCAGAACCAAGAACUACAGGAGCAGCUCAGGGUGAAGACUGAAACUGUGGAGCACUACAAAGUACAGGUAGAAAAAGCGAAAACUCAUUACAACGGGAAAAAGCAACAACUCCUGGAGGAGCAGGAAGCAUGUCGGACCCUCCAGACCUCUUUGGAAACCAGCGAAAGUGAGGCGAAGGCCUUGAAGGCUGAGCUGAAACUGGUGUCCAUGGAGCUGGAGAAGAUCAAGGAGACUGAGAAGUGUUUGAUGGUGAAGGUCAAGAGUCUGGAGACGCAGUUGGAUUACGCAGACCGUCAGUUAAGAGAACAGAGAAAGCAGGAAGGCCAAAGCGUCAAGGUGAAACACAGAGAAAGCGUUUAUGGGAAAAUCCCAGAACAUCCGCAGAAUGCUAGCACGGAGAGCCUGGAGCUCAACCUGGAUGAUUCUCUGGAUAACGCUGGCAGUAAACGGUCCCUGCCUGGUGAGUCCAGCACUCCUUUGGUCCGAAGUUCCGAACGCUUGGCAGCAAAACGGCACGCUCAAGGUGGAGGCUCUUUAGAGACGCUGUACUUCACUCCCAUGAUGCCACGGGCCAAGAAACACGAAGGCGCACCCCAGGAUCACAAAUUAGAAAGCAGCAUCACGUCACUCGGGGAGCUAACUCUGGAUUCGGCGAAGAAGCCGAGCUCUUCGGUCCAGAGACGACGCACCACGCAAGUCAUCAACAUCACCAUGACCAAGAAAACUCCUCGCGGUGGUGCUGCCGACGCAGAUGAAUCUUUCUUCAGCCUGCACUCGGCUCAGUCGCAGCCCAAUGUGGCCUCCCACAAAGCCCGGCCCGUCUCGGCAGAGAUCUUCGAGGAUCCCGACAAACUUCUCAGCCUUCCUGGGUAUCGUCGUAGCACUGCUCAUGGCACCGUUCCCCCACGACCCUCAAGUGUGUUCUGUUUAGGAUCAGAGUACGAGCCGGACCACCUCGCCGACGACUGGAUGAGAAUCGCAGAGCUGCAGUCGCGUAACAAAGCCUGUUUACCUCACCUGAAGAGCAGCUACCCGCUGGAGUCCAGGCCCAGUCUGGGUUUCACACACCUGCCCGUAACCGACGAGGACGUUCGUACCGGCGACCCUCACGAGACCAUUCGCCGUGCCUCCAUGGUCCCGUCUCAGCUCAAGGACUCGGUCGCUGCUCACCGGCUCUCCCUGGCCCCCCCUGCAGCGGCUGCGCAUGGCCGCGCACCCCAAGUGUCCAAAUCACGGGAAGUGCGAUCCACACGCAGCCCCCUGGCCCCUAAGCGGCCUGCGGGGCAAGUACAGGACUUGGACACACCCGAGGCGAAGAAGUUUGUCAGCUGCUUCCCUCGAACUCCUAAAGGGAGGAACCUUCGCUCUACCAGCUCGCAGAACAUCGCACCCUCUCUGGCUGAUCGGAGGCAGUCCAUGGCGUUCGUGAUUGACAAUACUCCUAAAAAAGUUGUGCGUGGGGACAGCAGCCUGCUGCAGCGCGGCAUCAGCAAACUCCGCAAAUCCCCGCGCGCCGCCAGCACGAAGUCACCAAAGAUCACCAGCAGCGCGAAGAAGAGCCCAGCAUUCGGCAGUUUGCUCUGAUUAAAACGGGUAACGCAGUGUGCAGUUGAUGAAGUUGAGGAUGAAGAUGUGAGAUUGCGUCCUUCCUCCUCCUCUAAACAAUGUGCAAUAGAAACAGUGUCAGGAUACUGAUCCCGAAUGUUUGGUUGUGGAUUUUUUUUUAAUCUACUUUUUAUACUCUUCAUAUAAAUUUGUAUAUAGAAUCAGAGGAACUUCGUAGCACUUACUGCUCUCGUCUUGUUGUGUGGACUUUUCCGUUCUGACCAAAAUGACACGGUGGGGGAAGGGGAAAAACUCACUACAUUCUGCUAUUGCCUUAAGACUGCUGUUCUUAUCCUAUGCGAUACAGACGGGAAGCAAUUGAUCUCGUUGCCUACCUCGGCAGCCUCUGACCACCAUCUCUUCCACUGUGUUCUGCAUGUUGUGUAUCGUGGUACGUCAUAAAACUGAUUAUCGGCACAUCCCAUCCCUUAUAGCGUGUUUUUCAUUUUAAAUGAUCCGAUGUUGAUUGAAUGCUUUUGUUUAUUGCAGGAAACCUUUAUUUCCACAGAGCUGUAAAUAUUCAGAAUCGUUUAUAAUAGCUUAUUUUUUAGCUUUAUCUUUAUAUUUUUUAUCCUGUGUGUGUCUGUCUCUCUCUCUCUCUCUCUCUCUCUCUCUCUCUCUGUCUCUCUCUCUCUGUCUCUCUGUGUGGGUCUCUAAUUUUCCUGUGGGCAUUAUUAUUAUUAUUAUUAUUAUUAUUAUUAUUUUGUCUUUUUACUCAUUUUCUACAAUCCUAUAAUCAAAAAAUGGGUUCCUAGGAGUAUUCCUACUCCCACCACUCUCAGUUAAUUUUAUUAUUUCUCAGUUAAUCUAUACAUGUAUAUUUGCAUUUUAUUUUUCUUCAUCUAUUGUUAUAAUGUUUGUCCAUGUGUUCUGUCUAUUCUUUGCUUUAUAUACAUUUUCCCUUUUUUCAGUUUUCAUUUCAGGCGUAGAAAUUAAAUUCUCAUGGAAGUGA